AUGUGCCCACGGGCAUGCAUAAAUAAUUAAAUAUAUGAAAUGGUCAUGCUACUUACACGGUGGGGAUAACAUGCUGAACCGCCAUGGAUCUUGUGCGGUGGAUCUUGUUUCCAUGGCCUAAACAUGCCAGCUCCGACAGUUGAGACUUUAACCUGUGAUUCACAAGAGUGCCCACCAAGGAAAACCUCUUAUUAAAUACAGGUAUGUAACAGCUGAAUGCAAUUAUGCCAAUGCUGGUUCUUGCUGCCAAUUGUUGGAACAUGAUAAUGUGGUGGCUCAUCUAAAGGACAGUAGAGACACAAAAUUAUGUACUAAUCACGAGACAACUUUAGUGUUGUAAUCUCUUUGACAGAUCUCUAGGCAUAGGAGACAGCAUCUGGGAGAUGUAAUGACAUGAUUCUUCAUGUCUACCAAUCAAAUGCUACUGCUUUUGCAUUUCUGUAUAAAUAGGCCUCAGAAGAGAAGUAGACACAUCAAACCAAAAGGUGUUCUUUUCUUCAAGUCUCAUCAACCACAAUACAGAGAAAAGCUUCAAGCUCAGUCAUGGCUUUCCACCAAAGAUCAACAAGUUUGCCUUCUAGGCCUCACGUCAGUGAGACCGAAGUUGAGCAAGAGGUCCACAGCCUAGAAGCAAGCAUCUCUUCCUCCAAUUCCAUCAGCACGAUGCGCGAUGGUCUCAGGACUCUUGCAAGCAUCUACGAUGGUCUUGACGAGAUCAUUUGCCUACCAAGCCACCAAGUUUGCUUCUCCCAGCAGAGGAGGAUGUUGGAUGGAGAGAUGGAAUGCUCCGUUGAGCUGUUAGAUCUAUGCAACAACAUGCAAGAGACCUUCGCCGAGAUGAUGGUCAUCAUCCAAGAGCUGCAGGUGACUCUAAGAAAAGGCGAUGAUGCAGCUGCUCAAGCCAAGAUCCAGUCUUUUACUCGCUUGGCGAAGAAGGCCAGGAAACAUUUCAAGAAGACUGCCAAGAAGCCUGCAUCCGACAAGAUGGUCAUGCUAUUGACCAAGGCAAGAGAGAUCUGCAUCUCUCUGUUGGAGUCCACACUCCAUCUCUUGUCGAAGCAAAUUGAAAUGCCAAAGCAGUCCCUUGUCUGCAAGGCAUUUUACAAGAAGAAGGCCGUUGUUUGCAAGGAGGAGCAAUUGCAGGAGUUAGAGUGCAGCAUCCAAGAUCUUCAGAAUGGAGCAGGAAAUCUGUUCAGGAAAUUAGUCCAGAACAGAGUUUCUCUUUUAAACAUUCUUAGCUCAUAAAUACUCCACAUCACUCUACUCCCUGUGAUUGGCAUCCGCCUUUUUGAGGAUAAGCCGAUCUUGAUACAGUUUUGCCAUAUGUAUACAGUACAAAUGUACAGAAAUUAUAGAAACAAAGACCAAAGUUUUGACCCAUCUCAGAUUUUGUGAUAUCGAUAUUAAUCUCUCUGCAGCGUUCUGAUGAAUAUGCAUGACAAAAGGAAAUUUGUAUGAUUUCAAUCCAUCAUGCAAUUUUGGGGAUACAGGUUACAUUUUUCGGGUAAAUGAUAACAACAAUGAUGUUAUACCAACAUGCAGGUAUCUUUCAUAAGUAAACAUUAUUAGGUUCUAUUUGUUGCGCCACACCUACCAUAAGAUUAGCCUCAUUUUCAGGAUCUCGCUUAUCAUGCAUGGGACACGCCAGGUCGAAGCCACAUGGUUGAUGGUUGUACUUAGCACAUAAAUCAACUAGCAGCAGGCAUUCCCUUCAUAGUUGCAACUUUGGUCCAAAUCUCAAAACCAUGCAUGUUCAACUAUAACUUUGUCACUCAAUGUCAGCGACAUAUAUACGCUUAAUAUCAAUUUGCAGAAAAUGUUAGCAUUUUUGGGCCACAAAGGUUUGUGCACUUGAACACCCAUAUAUUUAUUAGCACUACUAGAGGAAUUUGUAAGCAUGAAACUGAAACAGGCCAGCGAUGUUGUGAAGAGUGCAAAAUGAUCAUGUGAGGUUGAGCGCCAGCCAAUGGACAAAGGCUGUUAGCAGAAUCCGAUAGCACAACCUGGAACAUGCUGAUGAAGUCAAUGACACCAGCUAGCACCAACCACACCCUCGUGCAGAUGAGUUUGUCACUAACAACUAAGACACGGCUGUACAUAGCAUGCCAGCAGAAAAGCAUGAAGCGGGUUAGUCAUCAUGUACAUGAUCACACUAUCUAGAUCUAACACAAAAAAAGAAAAGAAAAACUGAUCCUCGUGUGUGAGUUUGCCUCUGAUAAUUUAGACAUGACAGGCCCAUAUACUCAUUCGUAGAGGUAUGAAACUAUAAGAUGACAGCAGAGCAGCAUAAACUUGCCUUGAAGAUGAGUGGCAAACUCUCAUGACUCAACUGACCAAGAUUCCUAUUGUCUGUAGACUCUUCUACUUCUGCACUAUAUGUGAGGGUAGCCAAGUGUUGUUCAUCUUCGCUUCCUUUCCAUCUGGAAAAUAGCACUAGAGCUGCUGCCCCAAUCAUGUAAGGUCUGCCAGUGUGCCUUCUAGCCCUCACUCUAAUGAACUCUGAAUCGAAGAACAACUUCAGAGCCUAAACACAGUCAUCUCUUCACCCUCCCUGACAAUUGAAAUAAUAUGCCAUUGUAUGAGAAAAGUUGGACGCAUUUUAUAACAGAAUCAAGAAGAUCGUGUGCUUGCCUAGAGGCCAAGUUAGCCUCUGUCAAACUCAGCAGGCAGAGCAAGUGGGGGAAGAACUCGAGCAGUCUCUCCUGCUCCUUUUCCUCUGAAAUGCAAUGAAGAAAGUUUCUCAGCGUUGAAGACCAGCAUCCACCAUCAAAGAACUGCACUUGUUUCUGAAAAGAGGAGAUACUGCAUCUUUCAGGACAAUAUUCAGUCCUACACGGUACACCCAAUUAGCAAAGAAAGCACAUAAACAUUUCAGGUACAUCGGGAAGACGGUUAUGGAGGACUGAGGGGUGAUCAUACUACUUGCAGCAGCAAAGAAAAUGACAGUCCUGUAGCUUCAGAUCUACACUGCAGCUCUUGUCAAAGCAGUUUGCUUGGCAGGUGCCCGCUUCUCUCCAGCACAUUCCAAAACUGAAGAGCAGCAAUUGCCGGCACUUGAGUUGGACUGAAGAGGAGUGGAGUCGAUGCUCUGUUCAGGAAAUUGAUCCAGAACAGAGUUUUUCUGCUGAAUACUCAUAACUUGUACUCCCUCCGUUCCUAAAUAUUUGUCUUUCUAGAGAUUUCAACAAGUGACUACAUAUGGAGCAAAAUGAGUGAAUCUACACUCCAAAAUAUGGCAAUAUACAUCCGUAUAUG